UUUGUACGAGUGAUCAGGACUUCAAGAUCAAGGAUGACUUGUGUAAUUCACGUAGAUUUUGUGUUUAUCAUGAAGAUAGCUGGAUAACAUAAGGGAUAAAAGGCUGUAUUUUGGUCGAAGAAGAGUACAAAAUGUCUGCUACGAACGAAGCAGAAAGAAAGAAACACAUUCACGAGUUUCAGCGAAAUGCACAACGAUUUCUGACUGACGACGACCGUGACUACCUUCAUGACAUUAUGAAAGAAUACCAAGCUCACUUGUCAGUAGACAAGUUAAUUCAAGCUUUGAAAUCAUGCUUGGACACUCCUCGAAAGCUCGACUUACUCGCAGACAUUAGAAAUCUCAUUCCUUUGGCUCAACUGAGCCGUUUUGAUAGUCUGGCUCCGUAUAACAAAAUGGCUCAUCCGUACCGACCUACAAAUCAAAUCUCUCCGGACAGAAGGACUCAAAACUUGAAUGGACAAUUAAAAGAACGCCAACAGAAUGGACGAAUAUCUCCUGGAGGGAGUCCAAGGUCUUUUAAAGUCAUAACAUUGGCAAAAACUUCGGCGGAACAAGUUUUGGGGUUUAGUAUUCAAGGUGGAAGAGAGCGGGGUACCUAUGUUUACGUUUCUGAAGUCGACUCAAGAUCGUUAGCAGAGAAGCAAGGAUUGUCUGUUGGAGAUGUCAUAAUAGAAGUGAACGGAAUCAGUUUUGAACACAUAGCUCUAAGUUCAGCUGUUAACUUGUUAUCUUCAUUAAAGAAGAUUAAAAUGGUGGUGAAAUCUCAAGGGAAAAUGCCGGAUUUGGGUGAAGGCAUGUCGAGGAAGAAUCCAUGGAGUGAAAGGAAUGGAGGAGCUUCCCCAGAUGGUAAUGACAGUGUACAGAAUAGCAGCACCAGCAGUGUAGGCAGCCACAACAGCAUUACGUUGCAACCCAACUCACACCUCCUGAACAGUGAUGAUGAACGCAGAGUUAACCUAGCAGUUGAGUCAACUCCAACCGGAUUUAUUGGAUUCAACUUGAGGGGUGGAGCGGAGUACGGUUUGGGAAUAUAUGUUUCAGGGGUUGAUCCUGGUUCAUUAGCUGAACAAUCAGGAUUCAGAGUUGGAGAUCAAAUUCUUGAUGUGAAUGGAAAAAGUUUUGAAAAUGUCAAGCAUAAAGAAGCAGUGGAUUUCAUUAAGAGUCAUGCACAUAUUAUCGUCACACUAAAGGCUGUUGGUAAAUUACCUGAAGCAAAGCAUUAUACAUCUGAAAUAAGUUGGAUCUAUCCUGAUGGCACAAUAGCUAGAGAAGGAAAAGAGAAUUAUACGAGAUCUCUGUCAUCACCCAGCCCUCCAGUGUCACCAUUGGAACUCAGUCAUUCAAGCACUCAAUUCCCAGAUUACGAGAACAAUAACAUUAGAAUGGAAAGCCCCAAACCUGAACUAAGGGAAUUUGGAGUCCAGACCCCAGUUGCAAAAAUAGACUCAGAUACCCAAACACUUGAUGAAGUUCCUGUAAGAGAUGUACAGCAAGAAGCCAAGGAAAAGCUUGAGAGGACACAGAGUUCUAAAAGUGUUGCAACAACAUGUUCAUCAAGUAGUGCAGACACAGAAAAGAGGCAAUCUGUACACUCAAGUUCAUUCUCUAUCGAUAGCACCAAUAGUAGAGAAGACUUGGAAAGGAAGUACUUGGCUGCUGGCCACAGCGGUGCUUUUAGCGCUGAGAACAUCAAUAUUCAGGCUACAGCAAGUGAUAGUGAGGCAAUAUUGCAAGAUGAAACCAAACGAAAGGUGAAGAAAUCCAAGUCCUUCUUGCAGAAGCAUGGAGACAAGAUUAAAUCUAAACUGAGCUUUAGGAAAAAGAGUAAACCCAAGAUGGAGCAGAAAGGAGGUGGUCCAAGUAAACAGCAACUGCUAUUAUAUGUGGAGGAACGAGCCAAAAAGAUCCUUGUUGUGGAUGAAUACAAUGUACUUAUCAAGCACAUUAAAAAUUAUAUGGAUGACUCAGAUGUUGAAACCCUGGUCCAAAAUCUAUUGUCCAUACUAGAUAAACCAGAGAAAGCUCUCUUACUCAGAGAUAUCAGAACUCUUAUCUCUUCAUAUGACCUUGGCCGUUUCGAUGCCAUGGUUUCGGCACGUGAAAAGGAUGCUUUAGAAUAUCUGAGCAUGUUUGUACCAGGUUCACCAUCAAUUUUGCCAACACAAGUAGAAAAACCCAAACGUCAGCUUAUUUCAGUUAUUCAAGAUAGCAGAGGUGGAUUUCAAAUAAGGAGUAAAGAAGAAUUAGAAAAAAUGAAAAGAGAAAGGGAAAGGGAAGAACAGGCAAAAGCCGUCAGACGAGAAUGGCUUGGUGGUAACAUCCUUGAUCGUCAGGCACGUAUCGGCACAUCAGAUUACUAUGCUGUUCAGUCAACCACUCCUGAUGCCAUUGAGAUGGUUCCAGUUAAAGACACUGGCAUGCCUCCAGUAGAAAACAUUUCUAAUCCAUCUCCUAUGACACUCAGUGUACCUGUUAUUCAAGUAAAUAAUGACGAUAAUGAGCUAGAGGUUCCCAUGGAAACAAAGCCUAGCUCUAACACUCUCUUAGUGCCAGACAGAGUGGCUGUUGAGUAUAAGGAUGAUGAUGAUGAUGAUGAUGUACCAAUGGGUGGAGGUCAGUCAGCUUUUGUUGCCGUUCCUUCAACAUCUGCUGCAUCCACUUCAGGAUCGGAGAGUUUGAUCCUCCUGCCAAAGAACCGAACAAGCUUAGGCAUCAGUAUAUCUGGUGGCAAAGGAACAAAGACACAGCCAGAAAUAAGAGUUGAAAAGAUAUUUCCUGGUGGAGCAGCACAUGAUGAUGGAAGACUAAAGAGUGGCGAUGAAAUUAUAUCUGUGGAUGGCACUAGCAUGAGAGAUGUGACUCAUGCUGAAGCCGUCGACAUAAUUAGAAGGUCAUACAAUGAUAAAAGUAAAAGGGCUAUGCAUAUAACAGUGAUUCCAAAGCAAUAACACUUCAUCCAUAGUAUAAAAGAAAAACAUUACAUGGUAUACAUUUGUUACAAGAAACAAAGUCAGAUUUAUAAAACCAUUCACAUUUAUUUAGCAGAAACUAGCUGUAUGAGUGACAAAUGUACAGCAUGUGGAAAUAGGCAAUUUUUUACUUGGGCAUUAACAAUAACAUUUUGAACCAUCGUUGACGUCAUAUCCUGGUUAAUAAGAGGACAUACCAUGCUAAACCAUUGGAAUUUUUUUUUACUACAAAAACAGAAAAAGUUUGGAAGGAAAAUGGUUUCAAGCACACUCAGGCAUAAUUUGUCGAUGUAAUUUGUUGGUAUGUCCUUCAAUUUACUAUGGCUCUUGACCAAUACGAAAGCAAGGAAAUUUACUUUGGGUGUAAAGUUUUCCCAAUUCAGAAUACAUUCUCUUGAGAUUUUUCAUUUAAGUUGCAUCCGCAUUUAUAUAAUAUAAUAAACAAAGAAACAGCAACUAAGAGAAUGAGAUAUUGAUCUGAAACGGGAAACCAUAUGAAACUGAAUUUUUUUUAGCCAAGAUUUAUUUCCAAGUUCAAUGUUUUAUUAGCCUAAUUAGUAUUCAGCAACCACAGCAUAUAGUGUAAUAAUUAUAUAACCAGUUUUGGAAAACUGUCUUUAAAAAUAAUCCAUUUGCAACAAUGAAAAUGUAAUUAGCAGGUAUAAAGUGAGCAUGCUUUUAUAUAAAAAAGUUUUUAAAGUCAGAAUGAACUUUGAACUGACCAAUACACAUUCUUGUAAGCCAUUCAACAUAUUGGCAAUCUGUCCAGUGAUUAUUAGACCAAGCUUCAUGCAGGCUUGUUAUUAAAUGAUUGAUAACAAAUCUGUAAUUUUUUAGUGCAUCUGACUACAAAUUUGGGCAAGCCAUUUCAUAAUAAUCAAAAUCAAAACCAAAGCUCUACUUCAUUAGCAUCAGCAAUCCUUUUACAGCAUGCUUUUUAGAGUGAUUUUCAUAAACCCGUGAAACAAAUACCAUUAGUUAAUGUGUAAUAGUUAAACACAACAAAAGAACACAAAGGAAUUAGGGUCUACUAAUUUGUAUGAGGCUAGUGUGUAUUUCACGGGUUUAUGAAAACCACUCAAACUAGUUAUUAGCUGUUAACCUUUAGUGGCGAACAAUGCUUUAUCAAUAUUGAUUAUUAUUGAAUGUAUGUAUUGCAUAGUACCUGUUUGGAAUAAUAAUUAUUACCCACGAUGUUAAUUAGACACAAUCAUGCAACACUACAAUAAGUAAUUAAAUUGUGCAAUAUUA